AUGGAGUUUCCCUUCUUUAUCAGCGGAUCAGACCAUCGGCGCAGCGUACUGAUAAAGAAGGGAAACUCCAUCUACCAGUUCCUGCAAAAGUGCCUUGAGUUGCUGCGCAAGGAGUUUAUCGAACUGAAGACCGUGAUGGCCGACCAGCUGAUGUAUGUCAAGGAGGAUUUGGUACUGCCGCACCAUUACUCCUUUGACGCCUUUAUUGUGACUAAGGCCCGCGGUAAGUCCGGUCCGCUCUUCCAGGUCGACGUCCACGACGACGUGCGCAUUAUCAGCGAUGCCUCUGUCGAAAAAGAGGAGACGCACGCUGGCAAGGUGCUCCGCCGAUCCUGGUACGAACGAACCAAGCACAUCUUCCCGGCCAGCCGCUGGGAGCCGUACGAUCCCAUAAAAUCCUAUGACAAGUACACCGUUAAGGACAAGGACAAAAGCAAAAAGUAG